GACGGGGAGUGCUUGAGAGAGGAGGAGGAGACGGAGGAGGCGGUGGAGGCGAGGGAGGAGGAGGAAGGAGAGGAGGAGGAGAAGGAGGAGGAGGGUGACCGAGGUUCUCCUUUGCACUCUCACACAGAGCCGUCUCCCCGGAGUCACCCGCCGCCUCACGCCCGCGCGCGCUUCCCUGCUCUGCGGACGCGACAUUGUUCUUUUAAGACUCCCGGAACCUGUCAGAAAUCGGGGCUCCGGACUUGAAGGAGACUUGACUUCGGGUCGCGGGUACCGCGGCACUUUUCGGGGCGCGUGUGAAGGGAUUAGCUCAUCUCGCCGCGAGGUGCGAGCGAGCGAGCGCGCGCCUCCCCGCGCACGCCGGCCCCGCCGCAGCCCCGCAGGAUGACGGGGUGCGGGCGGCCCGCGGCCGUGGCGCGGCCGCUGUGGCGGCGGCUGUUCGCGGGGCGCUGAGGGCGAGCAGCCCGACGCGGACCACGCGCCUCUUCCCCGCGGCCGCGAGCCGGGGCCUCCUGGAUUUUUUGUAUUUGGAUUUUUUUUUUCUUUCUCCAGCCGAGAGGACGCGGCUGUGCUAACGAAGGUUUUGUGUGGACAGUAAUGACCGCACGUUUCCGAUUGCCUGCUGGCAGAACCUACAAUGUCCGAGCAUCAGAGUUGGCCCGAGACAGACAGCAUACAGAGGUGGUUUGCAACAUUCUUCUUCUGGAUAACACUGUACAGGCUUUCAGAGUUAAUAAACAUGAUCAGGGGCAAGUUCUGUUGGAUAUAGUCUUCAAGCAUCUUGAUUUGACUGAGCGAGACUAUUUUGGUUUACAGUUGGCUGACGAUUCCACAGAUAACCCAAGGUGGCUGGAUCCAAACAAACCAAUAAGAAAGCAGCUAAAGAAGCUGUUUUUGUUAAUUCUAGGAGGAUCACCUUACAAUUUGAACUUUAGAGUCAAAUUCUUUGUAAGUGACCCCAACAAGUUACAAGAAGAGUAUACAAGGUAUCAGUAUUUUUUGCAAAUUAAGCAAGACAUUCUUACUGGAAGAUUAUCCUGUCCUUGUAACACUGCUGCCCUUUUAGCUUCAUUUGCUGUUCAGUCUGAACUUGGAGACUACAAUCAGUCAGAAAACUUGGCAGGCUACCUCUCAGAUUAUUCUUUCAUUCCUAAUCAACCUCAAGAUUUUGAGAAAGAAAUUGUAAAGUUGCAUCAGCAGCAUGUUGGCUUAUCUCCUGCAGAAGCAGAAUUUAAUUACCUAAACACAGCACGUACCUUAGAACUCUAUGGAGUUGAAUUUCACUAUGCAAGGGAUCAAAGUAACAAUGAAAUCCUGAUUGGAGUGAUGUCAGGAGGAAUUCUGAUUUACAAGAACAGGGUACGGAUGAAUACUUUUCUGUGGUUGAAGAUUGUAAAAAUUUCUUUUAAAUGCAAACAGUUUUUUAUUCAACUUAGAAAAGAAUUGCAUGAAUCUAGAGAAACAUUACUGGGAUUUAAUAUGGUGAAUUAUAGAGCAUGUAAAACCUUAUGGAAAGCGUGUGUAGAACAUCAUACAUUCUUUCGCCUGGACAGACCACUUCCACCUCAAAAAAACUUUUUUGCACAUUAUUUUACAUUGGGUUCCAAAUUCCGGUACUGUGGGAGAACUGAAGUCCAGUCAGUUCAAUAUGGCAAAGAAAAGGCAAAUAAAGACAGGGUAUUUGCAAGAUCUCCAAGUAAGCCUUUGGCACGGAAAUUAAUGGAUUGGGAAGUAGUCAGCAGAAAUUCGUUAUCUGAUGACAGGUUAGAAACACAAAGCCUCCCCUCCCGGUCUCCACCUGGAACUCCCAACCAUCGGAAUUCUUCAUUCACACAAGAGGGGACCCGGGUUCGGCCGUCUUCAGUUGGUCAUUUGGUAGACCAUGUGGUUCACACAUCCCCCAGUGAGGAUUUUGUAAGUCAGAGAUCUCCAUCAUCAACGCAAGCUAAUAGCAUAGUUCUGGAAUCUUCACCAUCACAGGAGACCCCUGAAGAUGGGCAGCCUCCAGCUUUACCACCCAAACAAUCUAAGAAAAAUAGUUGGAAUCAAAUUCAUUUUUCACACUCUCAGCAAGAUCUAGUCAACCAUACUAAUGAAUCCUUUGAUGUGCCCUCUUCCCCUGAAAAGUCCACUCCUAAUGGUGGCAUUCCACAUGAUAACCUUGUUCUAAUCAAAAUGAAACCUGAUGAAAAUGGAAGGUUUGGAUUUAAUGUAAAGGGAGGAUAUGAUCAAAAGAUGCCUGUGAUUGUGUCCCGGGUAGCACCAGGAACACCUGCUGACCUCUGUGUCCCUCGAUUGAAUGAAGGGGACCAAGUGGUACUAAUAAAUGGUCGGGACAUUGCAGAACAUACCCAUGAUCAAGUAGUCUUGUUUAUUAAAGCUAGCUGUGAGAAGCAUUCUGGGGAACUCGUCCUCCUCGUUCGUCCCAAUGCUGUAUAUGAUGUAGUGGAAGAAAAACUAGAAAGUGAACCAGACUUCCAGUAUAUUCCUGAGAAAGCCCCACUAGAUAGUGUCCAUCAAGAUGACCAUUCCUUGCGGGAGUCAAUGAUCCAGCUAGCUGAGGGGCUUAUCACUGGAACAGUACUAGCACAGUUUGAUCAACUAUAUCGGAAAAAACCUGGAAUGACAAUGUCUUGUGCCAAAUUACCUCAGAACAUUUCCAAAAACCGAUACCGAGAUAUUUCACCUUAUGAUGCUACACGGGUCCUUUUAAAAGGUAAUGAAGACUACAUCAAUGCAAACUACAUAAAUAUGGAAAUUCCUUCUUCAAGUAUUAUAAAUCAGUACAUUGCUUGUCAAGGGCCAUUACCACAUACUUGUAAAGAUUUUUGGCAAAUGACUUGGGAACAAGGCUCCUCCAUGGUUGUGAUGUUGACCACACAAGUUGAACGUGGCAGAGUUAAAUGUCACCAAUAUUGGCCAGAACCCCCAGGAAGCUCAUCCUAUGGCUGCUAUCAAGUCACCUGCCACUCAGAAGAAGGAAACCCUGCCUAUAUCUUCAGGAAGAUGACACUGUUUAAUCAAGAGAAAAAUGAGAGUCGUCAACUCACUCAGAUUCAGUACACAGCCUGGCCUGACCAUGGAGUACCUGAUGAUUCAAGUGACUUUUUGGAUUUUGUUUGUCAUGUACGAAACAAGAGGGCUGGAAAAGAAGAGCCAAUUAUUGUUCAUUGCAGUGCUGGAAUUGGAAGGACUGGGGUUCUUAUUACUAUGGAAACUGCCAUGUGUCUCAUUGAAUGCAAUCAGCCAGUUUAUCCACUAGACAUUGUCAGAACAAUGAGAGAUCAAAGAGCCAUGAUGAUCCAAACCCCUAGUCAAUACAGAUUUGUAUGUGAAGCUAUUUUGAAAGUUUAUGAAGAAGGCUUUGUAAAACCAUUAACAACAUCUUCAAAUAAAUAAGAAAACAAAAAGAUUGGAAUAAGUACUGGGAAACUGAUUUUGUUACGUUCACUGUGCCAUAAUACUGCUUGCAGGAAAUGGCCUCUCACACAAAACGUGAAGAACUCAAAAAGACUUGGAGAACUUCAGCACUACUGCACUUUAUGUUUUAAAACGUCACUCAAAACCUAUUGCUCACAUGGUUGACUAUUUUGUGCUUUUCUCUGAACAAAUAGUGGAAACCGAAAAGUUCAGAGUAAUUUAUAGAAUUUUGAGGUGUUGAUGUGUAGUCCCCUCUGGUAGAAUUGCCACAGAUAAGGCUCAGAAUUCUCAUCUCUGUUACACACCUGUACCUUGAAAGCAAAAUGGAGUAAACAUCAGGAGUCUGCUCUGGUCUUUUCCAGUGUUUCAUGGACUUACUCUACUGAUUACCAGAUUUUAUUUUUCAAAUGUUAGCAAUACCAUUCUCAACAUUAGCCAGUACACUGCCUGUGGAUGCAGCACAUCUUCCCUGGCAUCCCAGUAGGGACCUGCUGUUGAGAAGAACAUUGGAACUUGCUGUUCCCAGGAAAUGCUGCACAGUGUCCAUUUACCAGCAUCUUAUAGAAAUAACUAUGAAUCUAUGGAUUUUCUUGGAUUUAAUAAUGUAACUUAUAUUUAUCAUAAGGUUGGCUUAUUCCAAAUCAUGUGAUUUCACAUUCUUGAUGUAAAGGAAUGCAUGCAUCGUGUCUUAACCCCUUAAGUGCCUUGAGAUAUCUUUGUCUAAUGAAAAGGCACUCAUUUGACCCCAUAGGAGGUAUGUAUGUAUACUGUACAUUCUUAUAAUUUUAUGAAUUUUUAAUACAUUUACAGUGUUUUAAAAAAACCAGCUUCUUAUGUUGAGUGUUAUACAAAGAAAGGUAAGGGCGUUCUGUUUCUCUCAGUGCUUGCUUGUACUUUGCCAUAAAAGCCAGGAUCUCUGCUGAGAGUGUAUCUGCUGCUAUAGAAUUGUUCACAAUCUGUACAUUCCUUUACUGAGAGACAGGGGUUAAAGGUUAGCAGCUUAACUUAAAGAGAGGGUUUAUUCUUCAAAUUUCAUAUUUACUUUAUCCUAAGUUAAAAAAUGUUGUUUAACAUGUACACUAGAGGUAAAUAUAUUGGUACUCUAAGUUAUGGUGACAAAGUUAUUUAGUGUGGCCCUGAAGCCUCCUCCUAGCUCAUCUAAGGCUGGCUUCACACUGCUCUUGUCAUUGGGAUUCUUUAGACAAGGGAUUAAACAACUCUAGACUUUCUCUAAAUGUGACCCUCCACAAUAGUAAAAUGCCAGUUUCCUUGUCGUUGUAGCCUAUAUAUGCCUCUUAAAUUAUAAGCACGGCAGUGAGUCCUUCUUGAUGGAAGAUCCAGCUCCCAUUACAGAUGUGUAUGUUUUCCUUGUUUUAAGUCUUUGGAGACAGAUUUAAAAUUGCCCAACUUAAUGUGAGAACUUGUUCACUUUUUCACAUGUUAUUUUACAUGGAUGUGGUUAAAAUAGGCACAUUUGCUAGUGGUUUCAGAUUACUUCUGUAGUCUUGAUAAAACAUAGGUUCCAAUGAUAGAUAUUUUGGAAUGUUAUUUAGUUGGGGGAAUGAUAUACAUUUAAAAAUCUUUAGUAAAACAUACAUUAUUAUUUCACAUAUUCGGAACCCAUAGUAGUAAAAUUCAGAAGUUAAGCUUCUAAAUAUUAAUUACCAGGGUACCAAAUAAAUUGUCACUUAAAAAUAUUUCUUGUCUUAUUUUUUUAAAGAAAGAAAUAAACAUAAUCUUUAAAUCAAACAGAAGUCCCCCUAUUCUGAUUUCACAUGCAAGACAAUAUAAGUUAGACAAUGAACUAUAAUUUUGCUUACACAUUCCAUUCCAGAGACAAAUGUAAUUUAGGCUGGUAGGAUAUCAUUGCAAGUUAAAAAGGGAAUAAAGUUAUUUUAUUUCAUUGGUGGAUUUUAGCCUAAAUUUUAAAUCUUGCCAUGUGGAUAGAGGGUGACAACCAUAGACCGAAAGAGAAAACCUGUAUAGAAGGGCAGAAGGGCAGUGUCAUGAUUCAUUUGCUCUUUAAUAUAAAUAAAGCUUUGGGAACAUCUCUGUAGUUAGCACUGUUAUUGGCAGAGAGUAUUGCUGCCUUUUAAGUCAUCAGUGCUUGUUUUUACGUUAUAAGGGUAGAAUUAAAUUUGAAUUUUCCAUAGCAAUUUCUUCUUUGAGAACUAUGCUCCAUUAGUAUUUUACAUGUGAAAAUAGCCCUUAGGACAUUUAUUAGGCUCUUAAGCUAAAUUUAGCCUUUACAAAUCGUUAAUCUGGGUAUGCUAAUUAAACUUUCCUAGUUACCUAACUUGUAACACUGUCCUUUAAGCAUCUCAUCAGCUUAUUAAUCUAAAUAGAUUUCUAGAAAUAAUGCUAGUUUUCAUAUGCUAAGUAGUGCUACACUCCAUACAUAUUGAUGUAAUAUUGUGUAACAAAAACCAAAUUUCUUGAAUCAAACUACUUUUCCAUUUCACUCGCCACCCUUAAGUCCACACCCCGACAAACUCAAGAAAGAAUGUGUGUCUUCUGACAAGUGAGAAGUCAGUAUUGGUGAGUCAGGGCUUUUGUACAUGCUAAAAGGAAAUGUGACAAAAUUCCCCCUGUAAAUUCACAUGGCUUUUCUGCUUCUGUUAUUGGGCAUUUGGUUUUGUCAGCACUGCCAAGAUGCUCUGUAGUAAUCUUUUAAUGUAGACUUUGCAUUUACAAAAAGAAUAGGUUGUGAUCCAUUCAUUCAAAAGUGAGGCAGAAUAAACAGCCCAAGGAAAGCUUGUGUGUAUCUUGCUGGGCCGAGGAAUUGGGAAAGGGCAGUGAUUGAUCAUUCUGACUUAAGAAUAAAGGUAACAGUGUAUGAAAAUUGAACAGUGUAUUGAAAAUGUAGUUAUGCUGAGCCAUUAGGACAGUUGCUUGAAAGUUUUGGGUACUACUGUAUGUGCCUUCAUAGAGAAAGAUCAGUGCAUUGAUUUGUGGACUUCCUAAAGACAUGCCCACAGACUGAAUGGACUUUUAACCACGGGGUUGUUUAUAUAUCUUGGCAGGUCUGACCAAAUCUAAGGAGUUAUUUGAGAAAAAAAAAAUCUCUUGUCUCACUAGAAGUAGUACUUAAUUUGAGAGCUAAAAAUAUGAAAAAUUCUGUUCAUUCUCUAUGUCCUUGUUAUUAUAGGAAGGACCACAGGCCCAGCAAUUAAUUUAGAAGAAUCUGAUUAUCUUCAAACUUUCUAAUUCUCAAUUUAGUGUUGCUGUACUGGACUAUAACUUCAGUAAAUUGUGAAUACGAUAAAUUCUUGUAAAGUUUAUCUAUUUCUACUUGGGAAGCAUGCUGUGUUGUCACUUUGAACCUGUGACACUUUAGAAGUUUGAAAGGAGAGUUCAAAAGUGAUGCCAAUUAGGACUUGGACUCAGUUUACUAGUACUUCCCUAACAGGUUAGCAUAAGCUGUUGUAAAGUAUUUAGGCUGAUACAUAUGCAGUAUAAAACUGAACUGCAAGUAGGAAAGCAUUUUUAAAGCAUUUUUAAAACAUAGAACUGAGAUUUAGAACUAAUACCUACCUACAAAAUAAUAUAUUCAUGUGAACAUGUGAUAAAAUGGAAAUAUAGCUUGUUUAGCAGAAAGAGAAGGAAACUUGAACUUAUAGCAUUAUGCUAUCUAAUGUCUGUGUUUUGAAUAUUUAAAAUAUUUGAUGGUAAAGUUGCCAAAGUAGUUUUGAAUUCAUGUAAGUUGUUUAUACUACAACAAUGUGGGAUAUGUUUACAGGCUCUUUAUAGUACUUACUUUGUAGUUCUGAUGAAGUUUGGAGUUUGCAUUUAAGUCAUUUAUAGUAAAUAUAUGAUGAUAAAUAUUUGCUGGAAUAAAUGUCUCAGUAAAAUAGCAAAACCUAUCUAAGUAAUCCCACAGUUGCUUUCCUACAAGGUGCUGUGUCCAGAAAGCAAGUACUUUGUGUUACCAUUGCUCACACCCACCCACCCACAUGUGCACCAGACGACCAACUGCCAUUCCUAGAACCAUGUGGUGCUUCCUCCAAGUCAAACAGCUGUGUUAUUAUAAUUAAGGGGAUUGGAUUUGUCAACUAUCAGAAUUACUAAUCUAUCAACAGAUAAUUGUGUCUCAAUGUGAUCACAAAUUGUAGCAACUUUUAUGAGAUUCUUAGAGAAUUAUAUACAUGCAAAGAAAUUUAUGUAAUCUUAAAACCUUUUGAGGGCUAAUUGCUAAUAGAUAAUUUCAUCAUUUUUUAAGAGUAAAAGAAAUCAAUCCCAGAAUUAUAUGUUUUGGGUUCUGCUUUUUACCACAAUUCUUAUUUUGCAUGGAUUUCAUUUACUCUUAGUAGUUACUAUAUUUCUCUAUGUUAACAGAAACAACCUAUAUAUUCUAGCCCGCAAUUACUUGAUUUUUAUGCCUUACUGAAUUCUUUUGAGUAGAUAACAUAGUUAUUUUCUGUUUCCAUAUACCAAUGUGCUGCUGCUUAUUUACAUUUUUAUACUAUGGUAUACUGUUGAUUUCUAAACUCUUUUUUUUUUUUUU